CAGAGGGAAGCUGUGCGCUCGGCUCGGAGCCUGACGGGUUUCGUAAUCGCGUCGCCGCCGCUUCCGCCCUCGGCCAGCUCCACCUCUGCCGGCCCGCCCUCGGCUCCCCCACCGCGCCGAGGAGAGUGCCUGGGAACCCCGCACUAGAGGGCACGGAGCCGGAGCCCCCCAACCAGCUGCAGCUGGACGCCUCGAUGCCAGAGAAAAGAAGGGUUCCAAGUCUGAGGAAGAUAUAACCUUGUGCCUGCCUGCCCACUUCUCUCUCUGGCCCUGUUAGUCUCUCAAGGUCUGAGACACUGACUUUCACUGCUCAGCUAAGGGUUCUGAGGAUUUCACUUUUUUUAGAUCCAUCCAGCUGAGUGAACCCAGGGUGUUGUUACACCUGGGUAGAGUAAGGAGUGGGCAGUCAAGGCACCAGAGCAAGAGCCCUCUGGGGCCUUAUACAGAGGAGUGAAGCUGGAACCAUCAGGGAACAUGAGUGAAUUUUGGCACAAACUGGGCUGCUGCGUGGUAGAAAAACCCCAGCCGAAGAAGAAGAGAAGACGGAUUGACCGGACCAUGAUUGGGGAACCAAUGAAUUUUGUCCACCUGACUCACAUUGGCUCUGGGGAGAUGGGAGCUGGAGAUGGGCUUGCCAUGACAGGUGCAGUUCAGGAGCAGAUGAGAUCCAAAGGAAACCGGGACAGGCUGUGGAGCAAUUCUAGAGGAUUGUAGCUCCAAUAGGAAUGGUUCUGCCAUCUUGAAGCCUCCACUCUGUGUCCAGCCUAGAAGAGAUGCUGCCCCCACUAGAUCCCUCCUAGAACCAGUAACCCAAAGGCCCCUUUUUUCCCUUUCUACCUAACAGUGCCUCACAAAGCUGGGGGGCUGGACUCCCUCUACUCCCUCUGGCUAUUAGCCCCUCCUGGAGAUGGGGUCAAGGCAGCAGGACUGACCAAGUGACUACUGGUUGGCCAGAGGAGCUCAGCUGAAGCCCUGGACACCGUCAGAUCUGAGAUAGGAGUUCUGGGAACCUAGAAUGAGUUUCCCUCUCCUGAAUGAUGGUCUGGGUGCCACCUGUUUUUAAACUCUUAACCUGGAACUCUUUAAAUUGUGUAGGUGGGCUAGAUUACUAAAGCUGAAGCCGGCUUUGCUGAGAAGCUCCCUACCUCCCUGCCCUUCUCUUUCUUCCUGGAAUGAACUAAAGCAUAUGUCAAGCAGGGGCUGGGAGGGUGACCACUGUCUAGUCUGCUCCUUCUCUUUAGAUUUCAGACUGUAAGCUCACAGCCUCUCAGCAUCUCUGCCAAUACCACCACGGUCUUUCUCUAGUUAGGCUUCUAAUCCUCUGUUUCUGUUGCAUUACUAGCUUCCCGGCAACUUUCCUUUUUUAAAAAAAUUAAAAAUUUGAGUUAUUUUAAUAA